AUGUCGCGCCUGCACCGGAGCAGAAUUGCAGAAUUUGAAGACAUUCUGAAUGAGCCCAACAUUGUGCUGCAAAAGCUGCGGAAAUUUUGUUUCAACGGAAUUCCCUUUGAAAGCGGCUUGCGCUGUCUCUGUUGGAAGAUCCUCUUAAACUACCUUCCUGUGGAAAGGUGUGCUUGGAAUUCCCAAAUGAAAAAGCAAAGGGAGUUAUAUGCCCAGUUCUUGAAGGAAAUGAUUAUCCAGCCGGGAAUAGCGAAAGCUGAACUUGGAGUCUUCAGGGAGGAUGUUACCUUGGAAGACCACCCGCUGAAUCCAAACCCCAACAGCCAGUGGAACACCUACUUCAAGGACAACGAGGUCCUGUUGCAAAUCGACAAGGAUGUCCGACGACUGUAUCCCGAUAUGGCUUUCUUCCAGCGCCCCACGGAGUAUCCCUGUCUGUUGAUCCUCGACCCCCAGAACGAAUUUGAGACCCUUCGCAAGCGGGUGGAACAGACCACCCUCAAAUCGCAGACGGUGGCACGGAACCGGAGCGGGGUCACUAACGUGAGCUCCCCUCUGAAAGCACCGGUGCUGAACGAACACGAAGUUCUGCCCGAUGGCUCAGAAGCACAUUGGGAAGUUGUAGAACGGAUCCUCUUCAUCUACGCCAAGCUGAACCCCGGAAUUGCCUACGUCCAAGGGAUGAACGAAAUUGUGGGGCCCCUUUAUUACACCUUUGCAACAGACCCCAACGGCGAGUGGAAAAAGCACGCCGAGGCGGACACCUUCUUCUGCUUCACCAACCUCAUGUCUGAGAUCAGGGACAACUUCAUCAAGAGCCUGGAUGACUCCCAGUGUGGGAUCACCUGCAAGAUGGAGAAGGUCUACGUCAUCCUGAAAGAGAAGGACGGGGAGCUCUACCUGAAGCUGCAAGAGCAGAACAUCAAGCCCCAGUUCUUUGCUUUCCGCUGGCUAACACUCCUGCUCUCUCAGGAGUUCCUGUUGCCCGACGUCAUUCGCAUCUGGGACUCCCUCUUCGCUGACGACAAUCGCUUCGACUUCCUCCUGCUGGUCUGCUGCGCCAUGUUGACGCUCAUCCGAGAUCAACUGCUGGAAGGGGAUUUUACUGUAAAUAUGCGGCAUUUGCAGGACUAUCCUAUCUCUGAUGUCCACCUGAUUCUGAAGACAGCCAAGGAUCUUCAGGGCUCUAAGUAGCUCGCCCAAUCAAAGGCUCAGCAGAUGUGAUGCCGCUUCUCUCCUCUGUGUAGGACCUCGGAAGUCAGUCCUGAGGAAGUCAUGGGUCCCAGUUCUUCUCUUCCAAAAUCUCCGCCACCAGAAA